AUGGCCGGUGGGGUCUACCCGAUGGACCACUCCAUGCAGUAUGGUGAGUGCAAUUUUCCGUACUGGUCUCUGGUCGAGAUCUCUCCUAUUCGAUCGGCCGAUCUUGCGUUCCAAUCUGCUUUCCGAUCUCCAAGCGAUAUCCAUCUGGCGAGCUGGCGUGGUCUGGAUAUUCUUGAACAGGCCCGUUUUUUUGCGAUCGGAGAACGCUUGGUCACAGCUCUGCUCGAUCACAGCGGAGUAGACUGUCUCAAUUGCCCCCAGAGUCCUCGAUUCUGGCGCUGGUUGGUGACUCUGGCGGAGCUCGGAACCCCGGAGUUGAGCCCAACGGGGAUCCCCGAGUGUCGCCACCGAAGCUAUUGA